GCAGAUCCAAGGCUCUUCAACUAAUUUCGCCAUGGCCCAACGCGUCACUCUCCGCAAGCGCAACCCGUACAAUACCACCUCCAACAAAAGGCGCAUUGUGAAGACCCCGGGCGGCAGGCUCGUUUACCACCACAUCAAGAAGCUCGCUACCGCGCCCAAGUGCGGCGACUGCGGCAUUGCUCUGCCCGGAAUUCCCGCCCUCAGGCCCAGGCAAUACGCCACCAUUUCCAAGCGCCAGAAGAGCGUCAACCGAGCAUACGGUGGAUCACGGUGCGGUAGCUGCGUGAAGUCGCGGAUUCUCCGCGCUUUCCUCAUCGAGGAGGCGAAAAUUGUCAAGAAGGUGAUCAAGUCGCAGCAGAACCCCGGACGCAAGUAAACGUUGGACUUGCUGGGUCGAUUCUGGAGAGACGGAGGCAUUGUCGCUGCCAACUUCCAUAUAUGUCGCUAUGACACGCUUUCACGCACACCUCAUACAUGCAAUCUUACUCGUCACAGGCCUGUAUGCUAUCCAGGACACGGUGUUGGCCACUCGUGAAUGUCGCGGUAAUCCAGGAAGAAACUGCACGUUUCUGGGAGUUCGUAUUAUCCUGAGUAUACAAUGUGAGGCUCAUCGUGUAGAACGUGUAUACAAGUAUCUCGCUCAGCGUCAGAACCGCCGAUGCCUUCGGCCAUA